AAAAAAAAUAUUAAUUUUAGUUACAAGUUAUACCUGCAAAAUAAAUAGAUAGGAGUAGUCACAGAGCAUUAAACGUAAAUUUAGACAAAAAUUUAAAUGCAAGAUAACGGAUAAACAUAGGUUGGAUAAUCUAAUGGUGAAUAAGCUGAAAACCAAUCUCCAAACCAUGAAAACAAUAAUAAUCAAUAACACAAAAAUCAUAGUAAUGAUUUAAAAUAAAUUGUGAGUGUUUAAAUAAGCCAUAUUGCUUUUACUAUUGAUAAAAACUAAAAUAAUAAUUAAAAUGAGUAAAUUCACCUUUAAUGCAUUUUAAAAUACAAUAACUAAGCAUUCCAAACAAACUAUGUUCAACAAUAAUAGUCCUAAUAUAAAUGGUCUGAUGAAUCUACUUUUGAAACUGCUAGGUAGAAUGAGAAUCAAUAGCUAGAAGUAGAUGUUUAUUAAAAAAAAGAUGAUUAAAACGAAUUGUUUGGAAAGACAAUCAUUAAUUUAUAACAUUUUUUGUCUGAUCUAAAAGAAUAUUUGAACUAAAAAGUUGAAAUUAGCAAUGCUGGUGAAGUCAUAGGAUACCUUACCUAUACUGCUAAGAGUUAUAGUAAUGAUGAUUAAUAAAAUAAGCAUUAAUAAGUAAAACAAAACGAAUAACACAACAAUUAAUAAAAUGAACAUAAUUCAUAAGAAAAAAGAGAGGAAAAUUUUGAAAAAGAACAGUAAAGAGAGCAUGAAUAACAAAAAGAAGUUCACCAUGAAUAGGACAAAGAAUAGCAUAAUAAAAAUCAAUAAUAAAAUAGUUAAAUAGAUCACUAAGAAGACAAUAAACAUAAACAAAAACAUGAAAAUGAAAAUGAAAUAAAGCAAAAUAAUGAAGAAAAAAACAAAAAGGCAGUAGAGGCUAAAUAGAAUAAAUCAGAGCAUAAACAUACCAAUGUAAAUUCUUAAAAUGAAAGUAGUAUUACCGAAGAUACAAAAAGCUAAAAGAAAAAAACACAAUAGGAUAAGUCUCUAAAUGAAUCAAUAGUUUCCAGUAAGAAAAAUUUUGAUUAUAAUCCUGCUGCUAAGAAUUUAAAGAGUGGUUAUGGCUUAUCAGAGUAUCAUUCAGCUCACACUUUACAGACAUCAGUUCAUUCUGUAUCUUUCCCUAAAGGGUUAAGAUUUUAAUAAUCUACUUUAGAAAGACCUUCUGCCCCAUACACUAUUCUUCCAUCAAGCUUCGAUAGUAAUAAUUCUUUGAGAGGUCCAAGUUUUGGUUCUGGCAGUAGAGAUCUUCUCCAUCUAAGUUCUAACCCUGGUCCUGGUGCCUAUGAGAUAUCUACAAAAAAUCUAAAAAAAGAGAGCACAAAAGGUUUUGUUUUUGGUGUAUCAAGAUCUUAGUGUAAGAAUGCUAUUGGCUUAAUGAAAUCAGAUAUUAUGCGCUCAGGUAGUACUAAAAACAUAAGUUAAGGGGGAAGAAAUUAUGAUUCAUUUAUCAGCAAAGACUUUUCGAACGGUUUAAAGUUACCUGCUUUAAAUGGUAGUUUAUCAAGUAGGAAUUUACCCAAUUAUCAUUAUCAAAGAUAAAAAUAAUUUUGA